AUGUUACGAAGUCAGAUGAUCAAAACAUGUGCCCAAGUAUACACGGGCGGCCAGAAGAAAGUCCCCUCGUAUUUGCUGGCGGCAAUGCUAUCUUUCUUCAUCGUCGCAAGUACAGCGCCAAAAUAUUUAGACAGAGCUUCCCGUCUAAGAAUGCGCUCUCGCCGCUCAAAUCACUUGCAAUCUUACUUAUUCCUCUUCUUCAUCUACAUCUCCGUCCCUCUAACGUUCAGAGGCAAGAUCUUGUUUGGGAAAAUUCACACAAUUACACCAAGUACUUGUCGCGUAAGGACGUUGUUGCAGCAUCUUCAUGGCAUAUUAUUACGAUAUUGCCUUUUUUUCUAUCAUCAUGCGGCAAUUAGUUAUGGGUAA